GCUGAAACAUGAUCCUGGUCCAUCAUUUGUACUCGUUCACCUCAGCUGACACAUUCAACAGCAGACAGGUUUUUGUACCAGUCUGUUUCACUGUGAGAGGAAAGUACUACGGCAUCUUAGGCUCUGGAACUAAACUGUAUGUAACAGCUUCAGAUGAGCCGGUAGUGAAGCCCGUGGUGAGCGUGUACCCAGCAGCAUCCAGAGCCCACCUGGAGGGGAAGAGCUCCCUGCUGUGUCUGGCCUCAGACAUGUCUCCUCCUCUGGUCCAGUUCUCCUGGAAAAGACAGAAGCAGGAUGGUCCUCUGGAGGAGCUGCCCCCUGCUGAGGGAGAGCAGCUGGAGCUCAGAGGGUCGGGUCGCGCCGCCGCCAUCAGGGUGGUUGACCGGGACGCUUUCUACACAUAUAAAUACCGCUGCUACGUCAGGCACGAGGGGGGCACAGUGGCGGCCCAGACAGAACAAGUGGUUCCCCUGGAUCCUCUCCAGCCUCAAUGCAGGGUGAAGCUGCUCUGUCUGCUGUACACAGCGCUGAUAGUGAAGAGUCUGGUGUACUGCUGUGGACUCUCUCUGAUCAGGAUCCUCAGAAACAAGGGACCAUCCACCAGUGGCACACAUGCCGACUGACUGUUUUCUGCUUUUCUGCCUUUUCUCACCAUCAGUUCAUCUCAUCUACUCAUUGCUCAGGAGUCAGAAGUGCACAGUCUAGAUUCAGUCAUCCGAAAUACAUACACAUGUAUAUUUGCAGUUCCUCAGUGGGAAUUCUGUGUUUGAGUGUUAUUUUGAUACACCUUUUUACAAUAUUUCCACGUUACAUUCUGACUUGUGCGAUAAUAGAAAUUUAAGCUGAAUCAUUAGCUGCUUGGUAGAUUUUGUCUUACUCACAGUAUUUUUUUCAAUACAUUCUGCAGGGUUUAGGUUUGUCAGAUGUAUUCACUGUAAACGUCUCAAUAAACCGAAA